AGUUUCUCGUUGACCGUCGUCGAGCUUCGACGAGGGACGCGAAAGAUGAUGGAUAAAUCUGCUACCACCGACUACCAAAAACGCUUCCUGGAAGCUGUUCAAAACUGUGAUAUGUCUUCUAUGACUGAACUAUUGAAAGAUCGACCAGGGAAGGUUAAUGUGAACGUGUUUGAUAAAAGAACCGGCCAGACACCUCUUCAUCAAGGAUGCUUGGAAGGAAAUAUAGAACUUGUUCAAUUGCUCAUUCGAUACGGAGCAGACGUUCGACUAGCUAAUAGAGAUGGAUGGUCACCUCUCCAUUUAGCUUGUUAUACCGGUAAUGAAAAGGUAUAUAAAUACAUCGUGAGGAUGUUGCAAGAAGGCUAA